GAUUGUUGCACUACAAUGUUGACUUUUUUCCAUAUGAAUUAUCAGUUGUCUACUUAAAAUCGCUCUCAUGUAAUCAGACCUAAGCGCUGCCUUGAACUAAAUGAUUGAAAAGCAUGGAAACCGUACCAGAACGUCCCUGGUCUAAUCAAGCUCAGAACAUAGUUAUUUUAUCCACAUUAUUCCUCGUCAUCUUCAUAGACGCCGCAGCAUAUUCAUUGUAUGCACCAUUUUUCCCAAGCGAGGUGAGAUGUUCUUCAAUUCUUUGCAUUGAAGGCAUUAUUUACAAUAUUUUCAAUGUCUCACUGUUUUUCGAAAUGAAUUUUCGAAUGUAGUGCCUUUAUAGAAUAAGUUAUACCUAGUAGUGCCCACUGAUAACAGAUCUGAAAAUGCAAAUUUUCUGUUAAUUAAAUGCUUGUCUUUGUGUAUACCUGAUUAAUUUAAGCCUAAAACCAGAGCUCAUUUUAUUACAGUCACUAUCUAUAGAGCAUGGUGUAGUUCCAGAAAAUAUCCAUGCCCCACUCCCCCCCCCUCCCAACAAAGGGCACUUUUUGUUUUAGACCCCUACCCUCCUGGACCGAGUUGUUCAAAGCUGGGUUAAGAUAACCCAGGGUUAGUGCGAGAUUUGAAUUCAGAUUUAAAAGCUUAAAAAGCAUUUCAGUUUUAAUUCUUUUUGUUUGCAAGUCGAUGAUUGAAAGCUCUAAAUGUAACAGAGAAAAUUAUCCGAGAAAAUGCUUUUGAACACAAGAAAGAGAAACCCGGGUUAAGCGCUAAUCGGCCUUUGAACAACUAGGCCCUGAGGAAGUGCUUGUCAUAUCCCUCUUUCCCCAGGAAUUUCCGUGAUUUUUCCAUUUUGGCUGGGUAUCCUUGGAAAGGAUAUAUUUCCGUCAAAAAUGUUGUUGCACUGUACUAUUAUGCGAAAUGUAAUUGCUUUUGCGAUAUAGUGAGAAAAAAAAUUUAUUCAUUUUAAUACAUGGUCUAGUAAACUCAAUUAUUCGUUGUAGAGGUCUUUGAUCAACGGUAGGCCACUGCCGGAGGACCAUGGAGGCGAAUACCUUCUUAUACUACAACACUACCAACACUACACGAGAGAUGCCAACUGUAAAAGAAUUAGUUAUACAUUCAAACUAAACACCAAGUGAACUUCUUUCAGUUAAAACAUGAUAUAAAAGAAGGCUUAGAACAGCACCACAUCACGGUGAAUAUAAUCGCAAUACCAUAAUAAGCAACAGAUAGAUAGGCGGAAGUUUAUUCUUGAGCCGAUGACAACUUAUUUUAAUACAAAGAUCAAAGAUCAUCAAUGAAAACAACAAUUCUUGUUUUGAAACACUGGAAAAAAGACUUGGAAAGGCCACUCCCAUUCCCCUCGGAAAUCGCCUUCUUUGGACCCCCCUCCCCAGAGAACUUCCUUUGCCCUCCUUGGGGAGAGUAUGGAUAUUUUCUAGAACUGCAAAUUCCAUAAAAAAAAUUGCAGUUUUGCUGUAAUUAAUUCCAUUGGGUUAUAGGUUAGUUUACAAGUUAAUACAAGCAUAAGCAUAAGUAGCGGGAGGAGACGCGCUCUUCGAUCUUCCUAGAUAAAUCCUCUCCUCGCAGGGUAAAGCAUAAGUAAACAGAGCACGAAAAUUUAUUCAUAACUUUACUAUACAGUAAUUACUUCCGUCUCAUAUUAAAAACUUAGAUAAGUCGUUUCCACAAGUGUAACUAAAAGCGACUGAAAUUUGCGAGUCAAUCGAUAAUUCCCUGCAAGCAUUAGCAGAAAAAUAAACCAUCCAAGUUACAAAUCAUAAAAAAAACUCUUGAUAACCGCGCCUUUUUGUUCAAUCAGUUCUGCCGCUAAACUUUGGAAUGAUUUACCGCCGCCACACAUAAGAUUGGCCCCUUCUGUCCUGAGAGCAUUGUAGUUUUCAUUUGCCAUUUUAUUGCACCUUUGUUUUAAACAUCCAUGCCACACUCAUGGGAAUUUAUCUCUCUUUACUUCAAAUCCAGCCUUUGAUCAUGAUUUAAUUCUGGUGGAAAAAGCAGUGUAAUUAUUAUGUUACUUUUUAGGCCUUAUAAUCACAACCUUAUUGGUAAGCCUUCUCGCCCGAACUUCUUCUUCUUCUUUUUUGCAUAAAAAUAAUGUAAUAUUUUUUUCUUUUUAUUUAAAAUCUUUAUUUUUUUAUUAGGCAGAAGAUAAGGGAGUAUCCACCACUGUUGUAGGAUUAAUCUUUGGAACUUAUCCAUUGGGAAUGUUUAUCUUUUCUUUAGCGUGCGGAUUUGUUGUAAGUGGUUUCCGACAUUAAUUUACGGUACAAUAAAUGACAGGUCAAUUAUAAAUUACUUUACCUGUUGGCUCUAUUUAAAUUGUUUCCUAAGCAACUUUAAUACACAGAUGACAUUUUAUAUCACAAUUACCUCGAUUUACACGGGUUUUAAUUAAAAUAGAAUGCGUUCAAUUGAUUCUCAAAAAUAGUAGAUCCAAGAUGUCGGAUGGUUCCAAUUCCUUAUUCAAUAAUAUAUGACGUGAUCACAACAUCACUUCCACUGUUAAAGAUCAUAAUGUGUUAGCCAACUUUAUGAUUUUAUCAAUCAAGUUUUAACUAGUUGUUGGAAAUGAUGAGUACAUUUGUAUUAUUCUGUGUAAUUUCUGUGGCUGCUUCAUGAGCGGUUGUUAAGUUAUAGCGUAGGGGCCUUCGGACCCCCGGAAUCAGAAAACGUCUGGUCUGAAUACGGGAAAUAAUGACAGAGAUAUUUAAGCACAAACACUUUAAUUUUUUUACUAAAUGAAUUGUAAACUCAAUCUUUCAGAUAACAAAGUUUGGUGCUUUCUCCGUGCUUUUAUCAGGAUGUCUUGUUUGCGGAGGGUCCCUUAUUAUGUUUGGGUAGGCUUUCUUUCUUUCUUUGCGGAUUCAAAAAUAUGUAACCUCAGAUCAGGCUCUGUUUUUUCUUCGAUUCGUAAAUUUAAAAAAAAAACAUUACGACGGGCAAGGAGAAACGAAAAGAGAGCCUGAUACAAACCUUUUACGAAACGUCUGCUGCCCACUUUUUUCGAUUGAUUGACAUUUGCCGAAUCAGCCAACCAAAAUUACUUCCGUUGCAUGCUUUAUUAGUAUGCAAAUUUAUCAUACGCGGGAUUAAAGCAGACUCGCUGACUUAAAAAAUAGCUUUCAUCUUUUUUUGUCUUUUUUUCGCAACUAACAAUAAAACAGUCAUCCAAUCACAUUUAACUUCUUGCGAGAUUAAAGGAGAUCCUGAAGGUUAUUUCUGCUGCCAUAGAAGGUAAAACGUUUUCGAAAAGACGGCGAGACGAUGUUCUAGUUUAAAUAUUUUGGCUGGGAGCGCUCGAUUUUUGAAAUUCUGAAAUUUCUUUUUCUCUUUUCUGUUGCCUUGAUAUUUUCCGCGGCAAUUUCCGCCAAUGUUCAGUGCAUAAAUCUUUAAAACUCUUGGAGAGAUAUAUCGCCAACUUUUUCAAAGGAUAUAUAAAUUAUCUCAGAACAAACAAAACGAGUUCUCAAGUGCAUUUAAUUUAGUCCACUCGCAAUUUGUGAACUUACUAAACAAACAAACGUCUUAAAAAAGUAUUUUUUCAUAAAUCUAUUAUUCUCUAUUAUCACCCGCUUUGGAAAGACGAAACGACACUAAUAAAACUGCAUGCUCAACUGACCUAAAACGAAAAUAAAAACAGUAUUGGUUAUUAAGUGCAAACUCAUUUUGUAGUUCUCCUUAGUGUUGUGUUGUUGUUUUAUUGUAGGUCCGAAAAGCUCGCUAAAUUUAUUAAUCGAAAACAGCCAACGAGCUCGGACAACAGUUUUCCUGGUUUAUUUUUACAAAAAGCGAAGGCAAACAACAAGUCUUUUACCUUAACCGCACUAGCAGCUUUUAUAAUAAUGCCUACAAAAAUUCCCGUGAACAGCGAUGCGAUAUUUUUCGUCUAUUUUAAUAAACUAAAAAUAUCGUCACAGCUAGCGAUUGAGGUUUCUUUCGCAGUGACUGUCUAUACUUGCGUAACGUUCAAAAGAAACCAGUUUUAAGAUGGACAGUAUUUUGACUUGCACUUGUUUGUUGGUAAAUCAAAAGGCAUCUUGUUCGCUGUCAACAAACCUGCAGAGGGAUUGAACUCCGCGAUUGAAACUCACAUUAGUUCCGUAAAUGAAGCAAAUUCUGAAAAGAUAUGGACAAACAUUUGAAUUUUCUGAAUUUGCAUGACACGUAUUAAGGCAUAUUUUCCUACCACAACACCGUAAAACACUAAAAAAAGAUAGCAAAAUCCUUUUCUUUGCUGACGGCGGAUCAUUCAACUUCCGUUUAUUUCAACAGCCAAUCAGAUCCUGUGGCAUUGUUCUAACAGCCAAUCAGCGUUGCGGCCAAAAUCUGGCCGCAAUGAGCACAAACUUCUAAGACUUUGGAUCAGGCCCAAUUUUAGCGGGAGCACGUAAGAGGCAAUGUAUGAGACUGCUUAAGUUGGGCCUGAUCUCAGGUUAAAAAUAUCCGGAUAAAUGUGGACCGAGGCCUAAACGAGGCAUUUGGCCCACGCGAGAACAACAGCAACAACAAACAAAAAGUCAAAAACAACAACAACAAAAAAUAACACCAUUAACCUUAAGGCCAUCAACAAAGAAAACAAUAAGCCAACCAGCAGGUUUUUUUGAUCUCGGCAAGACUACAGACCAUCGGCAAUCUACAGGCCAAAUACAGGGCACAGCCUUCAUAGUACAGUCCACACCCUUAAACCGUUUACAGCUUGUAAGAAUAAAAGCUGUGAGUACAAUUGAAAAUGACGCGUUACAUCUCUGCUACAAUGAUACAUGGUUACGACUACGGAUAAACGUAUAUGCAACUAAUGGCACUUCUAUCGAAAAAGCAAUUAGGAGAUGGCAAGAAAAUGAAAUGGGUGUAAUUAUUAUGGGUAAAGAUUUACAUGUAUGCCCCAGGCCGUACUUUAUAGUUACUUGAAAUGGUGGCGGCACUUUGAAAAGAACUAAAAAAAAAACGAUUCAUACAAAUUUUAUGUCGGCUUAAACCUUAUUCCUUUCGCUUCAGUAGUUUAAGAACAACUUGUCAUAACAGCCCGGAAGGUUUCCUUUCACAAUUUUGGGGUCAACGAAACCCGCGUCAUAUAUGAAUACGUUUACGUUUCACAGUGAACUGCAUUUGUAUAGAUGAAAAAAAGCAGUUCAUUUUGAAACAUUCCUUACAGUAACCAUCUAAUUUGUCUUAUUUUGUUUUAGACUUUGUGGCUUUAUUUCCGAUACAGCUAUGUUCGUAGCUUUCUGUUUUCUGCUGAGAGCGACUCUUGCAAUAGGAGGGUCAGCAUCAGAAGUCGCAGCCUUAUCCAUACUCAUAGGGAAAUUUCCCAACAAUGUUGGAGCAGUCACAGUACGUUAUUUGUGUUAUGAUAGCGGAACAAUUAGUUCAUUUGGUAAAGCACUGGUCUGAAUAACGUGAGGUCGAGUAUUCUGUCUCAAAAUAAUUGAGGACAAAGAUGCUGCCUGGCGCCUGCAAAACCUUUGCCUGUCUUGGAUGACAAAUCCGGCAGAGCUCGGCAGGGAAUAAAGCCAAUGUCCUAGAUAGUAAUACACGCUUUAAACAUGGGAAUAAGAGAGCAUUUUUGUCCCAAGCAUUUACUAAGUAAAACAUGCAAAAGAAAAGAGAACACUGAUUGGCUCUUCUGACUGCCUCCGCCUACUUUGAUUGCAUGGCCAGAGUGACUCAGAUUUUGAGUUUCCGACGUCUGUUGUCAAAUGCAGAAGUACUGGAGACUGAGCCAAAAAAGGGUGAAUGUUCAUGUUAAUAAAGACUCGUCCAAUUCCCUUUAUGCCGAGGAUAUCCUUUUCUUCCUAAAACUGGAGUUAAUAAGGCCCAUUUUCACCGGCGUGAAAAAAAGAAGGAACUAUGAAGAGGAAAUGCUCGAAUCAUUAGCUUUUUCGUUCCCUUUUUUUUCAGUGUUUUUACAGUGAUAAAGUUGACUUUUCAAUCACAUUUUUGGUUUUCUCUCUACCCAACGAAGCGACACCUUUUAAUCAAUUAAAAUUGACUUGACACAAACCUCUUUAUUCCUAUUAUAAUAACCUCUACUAUUUUCUUUUGUUUUCGCUUUCUUAGGGAGCCAGAGCGACAUCUUAUGGAGUUGGGCUUUCCCUUGGUCCAGCUUUAGGAGGAUUUCUUUACUCGGUAUGUUAAAACAGAGAAAGCUUUAUAAAUAUGAAUGCUUUUUCUCGCUGCUUAAUGUGGCUCCAUUAUCCAAAAAACGCAUUAAGCUAUGGUAGACUUUUUGUCAUAACUGUUUUAAUUUUACGAAACUUUGGAAGGAACUACAUCAUUCAGCUAUGAAAAGAAAUAAUCGGAUUUUACUGAUGUUAAAUAAUUUUUUACGAAAUUAGCGGUUAAGUGGAUCCAUCGCAUCUAGUAAAAAAUGUUGCUGAUAUUUUUGACUGAAAUUUCUGGUAUGGGCUUUUAUUGAUAUAAUAACUGAUGCCAUAUUAAUUUCAGAGGAAUCGUUGGAGCAGAAAUCCGUAACUAGAAAAUCCUUUGAAAUUCAGCUAUGAAUUGAAGGAACCACCAAUUUGAAUUUUCUAAUUUUCUAAUGUUUGCUAAUUCUUGAAACAAAGCCGAUUACCAAUCGUGUUAUUAUUUAAGAGGUACUCCUUAGUAUUAGAAACACUAUAAAUUGCUCCAAGCCUUGCUCUGAAGCGAAUGACUUGUUCCUCAACAUUUUUGGAAUAUCCUUCAACAGUUUUGGCUGAAACCUCCCCUACAUACAUUUUUAUUACAAUGCAUCUUCAUUGGCUUUUUCUGCUGUGCAUUGCUGCAAAUUAGACAAAUAGGUGCUCGUCCUCACGUGACAAUGAUUUUCCAGGUCAUGAAACGGGAGGGUUUUGAUCUGAGAGUACAGUAUGUUGCCCAGUAUCCGGCCACUUAAAACAAAAAACGCUUUGCAGCGCCCUUUUUAGUUUUCGGUAAACAAAGUAUUUCGAAUGGUAGCUGAAGAUUUCAGCUUUAAAAUGCAAGUUUUGGCGGGUUUACAGCUUGAGAAACAGUCGCAGAAGGCGCCGUUCUGUCCGGAAGGGAAUCUAAGGCAGUCUUGGAUUCUGGCUUCCAAGGCGUGGAUUUUGGAUUCCAGGUACUUGAUUCCGGUCUUUGUCAGUGGAACCUGGAUUCUGGAUUCCAAUCCUUAGUAGGAUUGCGGAUUCCUUGAGCUGCAUUCCGGAUUCGAAAGCCCGGGAUUCCUGAUUGCACAAGCAAAAUUUUCCCGGAUUCCACAGGCAAAAAUCUCCCGGAUUUCGGAAUCCGUAUUUGGCCUUACAUGGGGGGGACGGGUGAGUAAACUUUUCAUGGCUAAUAUUUAUGCUGUCUACAUUGCAGUAAAACUGGUGGUGUUCAUAUAAGGGUUGGUAAUAUGUAAUAUUUUCAAAGAAACUGGUUUGUAUUUUUACGUGAAGAUACUUAAAUUUAUUAAUUCUUCUCGAAAUUCAAUCUGUCUGGAAUAACGGAGGCCAGGAACAUUCACUAAGUACUGAUGCCAAGUGCCCAGUGUCCGGCCAGUUUUUGCUUUCCUGUGUAAUGAAUUGGUUGCGUACAUUAACCGGGCAAGAUUUAUGUCAUAUCUAUAACAAUAAUUAAAGCUUAGGUUAUACAAUGUAAUUCUACUCAACUCCUUAUGGAAAUUUUCUUGACUCAUUCAGAGGCGAAUAAGAGGCGAAUUGAUUUCCUAUGCACGGCUUGUUUCGCGUGACUGCAGUGCAUUAAUUUUUCUUUAUAUAACUGGAAGCGCGAAGUUGAAACGGGGAUUCUCACACAAAUGGCGGGGGCGGCAGGGGCGUAGUCAGCAGCCUAUAGACCUGUAGGGCCGAGCCUACAAAUAUUUUGUUUAAUUGCUCUAAAUUAUGCAUUCUUGGGGUGAGCUAAAAAGCUUAAAUAGCGGUCAUAACUGUUAUCUACGUUAUAAAUCAUAUUAACUAAAAGAGCCAUUAGCAUUGUAUUUAUUUUUAAAAACUUGUUAUAUUACACAUUCUUUGUAACUAGUCUCCUUUCAGUUAUUUUUCUAGGAGCGAGUGUUAAUUUUUGUUCUUAUUUCUGACAACCCGCAUCGAUUAUAGCUAUGCUAAUUAACUGCGGUUUGUAAUGUUUAUAACACACUUUCUUUAUAAAAAUGACUUGUUGUUUUUGCUGUUAGUGUUGGUGAGGCCAGUGGGUACUAGCCAUGCGUACAAUUUUCAGGAUAUGUGGAAAUGAAAGUCAGUUAGGCCUACAACUAGUCGAAAAGCUGGUUACGCCCCUGCAUGGGGUUGCUACGGCCUGAAAAAUUUGUCAUUAAAGGGACUGCGAGAUGUGAAAGAAGGAGGAAUUAGUGCUAGAAGACGGCAGCCCAAAUGUGGAGUCUGUGCACGAAGAAGAUCAACACUGUACAUCAGACUAUUUGGGAGAGUGACCUUUGACCGGCGGAAUGGCCCUUCUCCUUUUUUUUUUUUACAAAAAAUGAAGGAAAAAACUGGUUCGCAGAUUGGCUAAUUGAACUUGCAUUUUAUAGGAAAAAUAUCAGGAUUUUUGUUAGUUUCUUUUCUCAUUUUUUUCUCUCCACAUCUCCAACUUUAUUGAUCAGCCCGCUCGUCAUUUGUUACGUUUUGUUUCACGAUGCUAGGUUCCCAGGUUGAUUUAUAUUUUUGGAAUGGAAUGCCAGGCCACUUCGCAAGCUUUUGCAAGUGCAACAGAAGAUUAAGGGCCUGUUUACAUGGAGGCGGGGGACCCCAGGUAGGUGAGGCAACCGGCUUAGGUGUGGUAACCCGCCUGUCCAUAUAAUCUCUCAUUUUAAUUUGAUCACGUUUACAUGAUAGGUGGGGUGACCCGUCAGGCGGGCAGCCCGGUCUGCCAGACCGGGUUACCCUCUCAGCCGGGGUUAAAUUUUGCCAUGUAAACGUUUCAAGGUGGGGUAACCCGCCUAGCCGGGGUCGGAUUUGCGAUACAUCAAAUUCGCGCAAAAUUCACUUUGGCGUUGGCUUUGCAUCAUUAUUAAAGUUAACAAUUGAGAGCCACAUCACUGAGGGUUUCAGCAAGAGCAGCAAGUGAGUGUAGAAGAGCAUUAAUCGCCAAAACACGUGGUUUGCCAGCAUUUUUCUUGUUUACGUGCUUAGCGACCAUUCAAUAGUCUUGAGAAAGUGCACCCCGGGAUAGCGGGGUUGUGACAUUGCUUAUAAAGGAAGGUUAUGUUUUUACGCCACCUAAGCAGGUUACUUCACCUACCUGGGGUUCCCCACCUCUAUGCAAACAGGCCCUGAAAGUCGCUUGUCUGUCGAAAUUUAUGUAUAAUUACAUUGUUAUUGUUGUGGCCGGAUACUGGGCAACAUAGGAGCUCUGCCAAAAUAUUAAUUUCGGGAUGGAAAAGAAGGCAAAAAAAAAUGAAGCUGUCUUUCAUCAUGUUAAGGACUAAAAAGAUUGUCUAUGGGCCAAAUUUCAGAACUAUUGCGACCAAGAAAGGAAAGUUAUUGCAAUGUGUUAAAAAGAAGUGGCCGGAUACUGGGCAACAUGCUGUACAGUGAAACCUGUAUCAAGAAGACACCCACAGUUACCCACGCCAGAGUCUGCGUACCAAAAAUGGCUUUCUAAGAAAGUUCGUAACUCUUCGUGACUUUAUAUAAGAGGUUGUCAGCCUUCUAGUACAGGAUGUCCGCUUAACAUGGGGUCUGCUUCGUACAGGUUUCUCCGCUGUCAUCAUUCCGAUAUGAUAAAAUGUUCAUAUUUUAGAAAAAGGGAAAUUAUCCUUCUAAAACUCAGGCGAAGUCUUAUUUGGGUCACGUUUUACAGCAAUAAGUUGAACGUCAGAUCUUUUAUAGUCUUAUUCUCACACACAGGUCGGUGGCUUUACAGCUCCGUUUACUGUGAUAGGCUGUGUUUUUUGUCAUAACUGUUUUAAUUUUACGAAACUUUGGAAGGAACUACAUCAUUCAGCUAUGAAAAGAAAUAAUCGGAUUUUACUGAUGUUAAAUAAUUUUUUACGAAAUUAGCGGUUAAGUGGAUCCAUCGCAUCUAGUAAAAAAUGUUGCUGAUAUUUUUGACUGAAAUUUCUGGUAUGGGCUUUUAUUGAUAUAAUAACUGAUGCCAUAUUAAUUUCAGAGGAAUCGUUGGAGCAGAAAUCCGUAACUAGAAAAUCCUUUGAAAUUCAGCUAUGAAUUGAAGGAACCACCAAUUUGAAUUUUCUAAUUUUCUAAUGUUUGCUAAUUCUUGAAACAAAGCCGAUUACCAAUCGUGUUAUUAUUUAAGAGGUACUCCUUAGUAUUAGAAACACUAUAAAUUGCUCCAAGCCUUGCUCUGAAGCGAAUGACUUGUUCCUCAACAUUUUUGGAAUAUCCUUCAACAGUUUUGGCUGAAACCUCCCCUACAUACAUUUUUAUUACAAUGCAUCUUCAUUGGCUUUUUCUGCUGUGCAUUGCUGCAAAUUAGACAAAUAGGUGCUCGUCCUCACGUGACAAUGAUUUUCCAGGUCAUGAAACGGGAGGGUUUUGAUCUGAGAGUACAGUAUGUUGCCCAGUAUCCGGCCACUUAAAACAAAAAACGCUUUGCAGCGCCCUUUUUAGUUUUCGGUAAACAAAGUAUUUCGAAUGGUAGCUGAAGAUUUCAGCUUUAAAAUGCAAGUUUUGGCGGGUUUACAGCUUGAGAAACAGUCGCAGAAGGCGCCGUUCUGUCCGGAAGGGAAUCUAAGGCAGUCUUGGAUUCUGGCUUCCAAGGCGUGGAUUUUGGAUUCCAGGUACUUGAUUCCGGUCUUUGUCAGUGGAACCUGGAUUCUGGAUUCCAAUCCUUAGUAGGAUUGCGGAUUCCUUGAGCUGCAUUCCGGAUUCGAAAGCCCGGGAUUCCUGAUUGCACAAGCAAAAUUUUCCCGGAUUCCACAGGCAAAAAUCUCCCGGAUUUCGGAAUCCGUAUUUGGCCUUACAUGGGGGGGACGGGUGAGUAAACUUUUCAUGGCUAAUAUUUAUGCUGUCUACAUUGCAGUAAAACUGGUGGUGUUCAUAUAAGGGUUGGUAAUAUGUAAUAUUUUCAAAGAAACUGGUUUGUAUUUUUACGUGAAGAUACUUAAAUUUAUUAAUUCUUCUCGAAAUUCAAUCUGUCUGGAAUAACGGAGGCCAGGAACAUUCACUAAGUACUGAUGCCAAGUGCCCAGUGUCCGGCCAGUUUUUGCUUUCCUGUGUAAUGAAUUGGUUGCGUACAUUAACCGGGCAAGAUUUAUGUCAUAUCUAUAACAAUAAUUAAAGCUUAGGUUAUACAAUGUAAUUCUACUCAACUCCUUAUGGAAAUUUUCUUGACUCAUUCAGAGGCGAAUAAGAGGCGAAUUGAUUUCCUAUGCACGGCUUGUUUCGCGUGACUGCAGUGCAUUAAUUUUUCUUUAUAUAACUGGAAGCGCGAAGUUGAAACGGGGAUUCUCACACAAAUGGCGGGGGCGGCAGGGGCGUAGUCAGCAGCCUAUAGACCUGUAGGGCCGAGCCUACAAAUAUUUUGUUUAAUUGCUCUAAAUUAUGCAUUCUUGGGGUGAGCUAAAAAGCUUAAAUAGCGGUCAUAACUGUUAUCUACGUUAUAAAUCAUAUUAACUAAAAGAGCCAUUAGCAUUGUAUUUAUUUUUAAAAACUUGUUAUAUUACACAUUCUUUGUAACUAGUCUCCUUUCAGUUAUUUUUCUAGGAGCGAGUGUUAAUUUUUGUUCUUAUUUCUGACAACCCGCAUCGAUUAUAGCUAUGCUAAUUAACUGCGGUUUGUAAUGUUUAUAACACACUUUCUUUAUAAAAAUGACUUGUUGUUUUUGCUGUUAGUGUUGGUGAGGCCAGUGGGUACUAGCCAUGCGUACAAUUUUCAGGAUAUGUGGAAAUGAAAGUCAGUUAGGCCUACAACUAGUCGAAAAGCUGGUUACGCCCCUGCAUGGGGUUGCUACGGCCUGAAAAAUUUGUCAUUAAAGGGACUGCGAGAUGUGAAAGAAGGAGGAAUUAGUGCUAGAAGACGGCAGCCCAAAUGUGGAGUCUGUGCACGAAGAAGAUCAACACUGUACAUCAGACUAUUUGGGAGAGUGACCUUUGACCGGCGGAAUGGCCCUUCUCCUUUUUUUUUUUUACAAAAAAUGAAGGAAAAAACUGGUUCGCAGAUUGGCUAAUUGAACUUGCAUUUUAUAGGAAAAAUAUCAGGAUUUUUGUUAGUUUCUUUUCUCAUUUUUUUCUCUCCACAUCUCCAACUUUAUUGAUCAGCCCGCUCGUCAUUUGUUACGUUUUGUUUCACGAUGCUAGGUUCCCAGGUUGAUUUAUAUUUUUGGAAUGGAAUGCCAGGCCACUUCGCAAGCUUUUGCAAGUGCAACAGAAGAUUAAGGGCCUGUUUACAUGGAGGCGGGGGACCCCAGGUAGGUGAGGCAACCGGCUUAGGUGUGGUAACCCGCCUGUCCAUAUAAUCUCUCAUUUUAAUUUGAUCACGUUUACAUGAUAGGUGGGGUGACCCGUCAGGCGGGCAGCCCGGUCUGCCAGACCGGGUUACCCUCUCAGCCGGGGUUAAAUUUUGCCAUGUAAACGUUUCAAGGUGGGGUAACCCGCCUAGCCGGGGUCGGAUUUGCGAUACAUCAAAUUCGCGCAAAAUUCACUUUGGCGUUGGCUUUGCAUCAUUAUUAAAGUUAACAAUUGAGAGCCACAUCACUGAGGGUUUCAGCAAGAGCAGCAAGUGAGUGUAGAAGAGCAUUAAUCGCCAAAACACGUGGUUUGCCAGCAUUUUUCUUGUUUACGUGCUUAGCGACCAUUCAAUAGUCUUGAGAAAGUGCACCCCGGGAUAGCGGGGUUGUGACAUUGCUUAUAAAGGAAGGUUAUGUUUUUACGCCACCUAAGCAGGUUACUUCACCUACCUGGGGUUCCCCACCUCUAUGCAAACAGGCCCUGAAAGUCGCUUGUCUGUCGAAAUUUAUGUAUAAUUACAUUGUUAUUGUUGUGGCCGGAUACUGGGCAACAUAGGAGCUCUGCCAAAAUAUUAAUUUCGGGAUGGAAAAGAAGGCAAAAAAAAAUGAAGCUGUCUUUCAUCAUGUUAAGGACUAAAAAGAUUGUCUAUGGGCCAAAUUUCAGAACUAUUGCGACCAAGAAAGGAAAGUUAUUGCAAUGUGUUAAAAAGAAGUGGCCGGAUACUGGGCAACAUGCUGUACAGUGAAACCUGUAUCAAGAAGACACCCACAGUUACCCACGCCAGAGUCUGCGUACCAAAAAUGGCUUUCUAAGAAAGUUCGUAACUCUUCGUGACUUUAUAUAAGAGGUUGUCAGCCUUCUAGUACAGGAUGUCCGCUUAACAUGGGGUCUGCUUCGUACAGGUUUCUCCGCUGUCAUCAUUCCGAUAUGAUAAAAUGUUCAUAUUUUAGAAAAAGGGAAAUUAUCCUUCUAAAACUCAGGCGAAGUCUUAUUUGGGUCACGUUUUACAGCAAUAAGUUGAACGUCAGAUCUUUUAUAGUCUUAUUCUCACACACAGGUCGGUGGCUUUACAGCUCCGUUUACUGUGAUAGGCUGUGUUAUGAUUUUCACAACUCCAUGGGUUUUCCUGUUUUUACGAAGAACAGGUUAGUAAAGAAAACUCUAAGCUUCUUUAUUUUGCAUUGAAGAAAUCUUUGGCCAACUAGCCUGUACCAGAUUCUUGGACAGAGUGGACGAGUAAAAAAAGCGAGCAUUUUCACGUCGUAGUCGUGCAAAAACGGAAAAGAAAUGAACAAAAAAGUGUGACGUGCGAAGUUGUUGUCUUACCUAUUGAAUAAGGUUAUGAUCAUGAUUGGUCAAAAUUGACCAAUCAUAGGGUUUACCAGGAGCUGGUAUACCGGAAUGAGGUAUUGAAAACAAUGCUUACAGGCCCCACUUACCCGUCUCUCGCCACCUCCCCCGCUGUUUUCUGGCAUCUUUUCUCGAUGCGCUUUCCGUACUAUCUUAGAGCCUGGAACACGCUACCCCUUACCAAGAUUACGAAUGAAUAUUUUGAUGAAUUUUUAAGGUGGCUUAACAUAGCUUAAUGUGCAUCUUAAGCUCUCUAAGGAAAAAAAUUAAAGGACAAGCUGAGAAAAGUUCCCAUAGAAGAAAUGCCAGUAGAAAUUUCUUUUACAAAUAGCAUGAUCUCUGCGCUCAUUUGCGUUUUGAGCAUGUGUACUUAGGGAGUAAUGUGAGAGUGCUCGCUUCAGUUGACCGUCAUAGACAACGACGAUAUCUUACAAUCCAAGAGAGCAUAAAGGGGACAGAGAGGGCAUCCCCCAUACACACCCUAUUCCAUAGGUAAUUCGUCUCGAGUUAUUUUUAAGACCACAGAUCCCAAUGGGGAUAAGACAACAGCCAAUCACAUAGCGCGAAUGUGUUCCGCGUGGAUGACCCGUGCUCAGAGCCACGCGUCCUUCACGAAUUGACGCUGAAAAAAAUGGCGGAAGACGCGGAGAGCGGUAGUGCUAUUCGUUUUGUCGACGAGAACUAGUAAAGAGAGAUUUCUACUACAGCGGACUGUCAGCGAAAUGGGAAUUAAAAAAGAAUCGCCCUUCCUCUCUUGUAUAGAGCUAACAGUACAUCAGGGAAAUCCUUAACACACUGAAUAUUCUCUCAGGAUCAUUUAUAAUUUGCAGUUUGAAGAGAGCAAUUUCUGGUUGAUAUUUAUUCUUUUAUUAGUCGUUUAUUAUUCAACAAAAAUAACACUUGGCGUCCUACUUGCUUUAUUGUACAAACGACCGGUUUCAAUAGACCGGCGAAAUUUCUGAAAUUACUGAGGUUACGACAACUUCGUGUUAAACUGAUUUCACGGGUUGUCAAAGAGUCCAGCAAUUCCCUCUUCCCAGGUGAGCGCCGACUCAUUUCGCUUCAAUAUUCAGAAAUGCUCUCGAUCUCUUUACGCUUUCAUUGCCAUUCGCCCGACAUGUUUUGCGCGGCGUUUAGUCAUGCGAAACCUCCACGAAACAUCCACGCAGCGCGCGAGGUAACUUUAUCCCGAUUCUAAAAAUAACUCGAGACAAAUUACCUAUGGAAUAGGGUGUGUAUGGGGUAUGCCUUCUCUGUCCCCUUUAUCCUCUCUUGUACAAUCUAAUCAUUAAAUUUUAAUGAAAUUUUGCAGAAAUCCUUUUCAUAUCGUAGUUCAGUCAAUGAAAGCUUCAAAAUGAAAGUUAAACAAGGAAGUUUUGCGACACAGUCUAGUUUUAUAGAAAAGGAGAUCAUCGCAGUUAUAGAGGCAACUUUCACAGUUGCGUAAAGAAAGCCUGAAAAAAAAUUCAGGCUUUUACGGGAUUCGAACCCUUGACCUCUGCGAUACCAGUGCAGCGCUCUUACCAACUGAGCUAACAGGCCAAUUGGAAGUUUCUUAUGAAAGCUUCUUCACUAAAAAUGUCAAAACCUGUCCGUUAUAAUUUAGCUUAAAUGAGGGUCACUAAUUGUAAGCUGUGUGGAAAUUUAUCCGGAAACCUUAAGACUGGAUUUUGCAUAAACCUACUAAAUUCAAAAGUUUACGCUUGUUUUCAACGAUCAUCCAUGUUCCUACGGCAACGAUCAAAAUCUCGCGUUUCAUCUAAUGAAUGUAAUAUCUUAUAAAUAUAUUUUGUCUAUGCCAAAUUUGGGCUUUACUAAUGAACGGUAACGAUCCACAAACUAAAGCUGCAAAGUUCGGAGAGCAAAAUGUUUCUAAACUUACCUUCGGAAAAUGUUUGGUUGAUUUAUCUAUUUGCGCUGGAAUUUAACCCAAUCUAAUGUUCACUGCUUUUUUUGGCUGAAACUUGUGUUUUAAUGUAAACCUAGUAGUAAACUACUCGUGGAGUUUACUUGUGUUACCAUUUUACUCAGAAAAACAGACCGACGAGAAAACAGCUGAGGAAUCAACAACCAUCUUCAAGGCAUUACGAAUUCCUGGUACAUUUAUAUCUGGUAUGUACACAGAGUUUUUCUAAAUGUCAAUAUAACUUACAACAAUAGAUCUUGAAACAUUUAUGGCUAGAUAAGGUCUUUUUUUUGCCACCAGUCAGAGCGCUGUUAAGCAGGACAUGGCAAUCGAGACAUUUAUUUCAACACUUCAUUGACAAUCGCUGUAUGUUGUUUCUAGCGCUUUCAUUUGCCGUCAGUGGUUGUUCCUUUGGAUAUAUAGAGCCCAUUUUUGAACCCUAUAUGAUACAGGUAAGCUUUUAG